UUUGAUGUCUUCCUCAUGCCAGUUACUCCUCGUGAUCGUUCCUCAUUCUUCUUUUGGAUUUAGUUUGUUUCAUGGACUUUGAUUUUGUAAUGACUCCAGUAAAGAUUCUGAGGACUUUUUCCACCACUGAAGCUGAAGAAACCAUCAAAUUUUGCUUUCAGCGAGCCUGGAUCGGUCUGUACGACAACGUGAACAGUUGGAGGUGGUCACUGACAAACACAAGUUUCUACAAACCUGGAGAGAGCGAGUUUAGAAACUGGAGACCUGGACAACCUAAUAACGCUUUUAGCAUAGAGCACUGUGUGGUCAUGUAUAACGACGGACUGUGGAAUGAUGAUUGGUGCGAUUUCCACCGUCAGCCAGUCUGCAGUGAUGUUACAGGGUCCAAUGUGACAUUUGUCCUCGCCCCCACCACCAUGUCAUGGUCUGAUGCUGUGAUCUACUGCAGAGAACACCACACUGACCUGGCCAGUGUGAGGAACAUGGAGGAGAACCAGAAGAUAAAAGAGCAGAUAUCAGUAUGGCGUGUCUGGAUUGGCCUCUCCAGGGAGUCCUGGAAGUGGUUGGAUGGAAGUAGAUCCACAUUUAGGUACUGGAAUGAUGGUGAACCCAACAACCAGUAUAAGAAUGAGAUUUGCGUUGCAGCUGACUUUGGAAACUCUGGCAAAUGGGAGGACUGCCAAUGCCACUACAAGAGAGCAUUCAUCUGCUACAACGCCCUAACAGCCUCCAAACAAGUGAUCAAGGUGAGGCUGGUGAAGCAGAGCUCCUCUCUGGACCUGAAUGACCCUGCCGUGCUGGAGGACAUCCUGAAGGAGCUCAGACAGAAUCUGAGGGAUCAAGGGGUGACACAGGACGUCAGACUGAGCUGGAGGAAGCAGGCGGACGGAAAGGUGUUUCACAAAGAGAAGAAGAAGGAGAAGAAGAAGAGGAACAAAAUAAGAAUGACCAGAAAAACUGAGUUAUAG